CCGAGAAGGGGGAACAGGAGCGGAGCGCGUCAGUCUGACACACACAGACGAGGGGCUAUUGUAUAACACGGGCCUUCGCCUCUUUUCCAGAGAGAGAGAGAGAGUGAGGGGGGAGCGGCUGCUUUUCGCGUUUCCUCCCCCGUUUCUUGUUGGGAGGUAAAGGGACGUAGACGGGAGCGGAGCGGCGGAGGACCUGCACAUGUCGGCGCGGUGAGGCAGCGUUUGUUUCCCCGCCCUGAUACGGUUGGAGGACGGGCAGGAGCAGGAGGAGGAACCGCGACAUUUACAUCACCUGAGAUAAUAAUAACCUCUUCUGAUAAUAAUAUUAGCUCGUGUGAAGGUGCGGCCCAUGUGAGGGUCGACAGAGGAUGCGUUAAAAACGAGGAGGACGACAGUGAUGCGGCAGCCGAGGUGGGCCCAGACUGAUGAUUUCAUGAUACCAACAUCCACCAAGAGGCUGUAAACUGACCUGGAGUCUGCUGCUUUGUUUUUUUCAUGUGGAUACACAGCAGGAGGUCAAUCGAUUAUUCUUUUUUUCUGAUUUCACAUCAGGAUCAGAAACAUCCUGAUUCAGGCCCAUGACUCGUGUGUGUGUGUGUGUGACGCCAAUACAGCAGCACAGAGGUGUGUGUGUGUGUGUGAGGAGACGCGCCUGCAUGUCUGAGCAUCAUCUGGAGGCUGUGCAGGCUGCUCCUCCACGGGGAUGACACACACGCGAUUUUUCAUCCGUGCGUAAAGACGAAGAAGAGGAAGAGCCAGAGAUGCUGCUGCUGCUGCUGACAUUUCCACUCCGGCUCUGAUACCGACACCGAGGCAUCCAGGAAAAAAAUCCACCUCUCCUCUGCCACUGCACCUCUCCCCUUCCUCUCCUCCCCUUUAUUUCUCACCCCUUCCUCCCCUCCUCCCCCUCCCCCCGAAGCCUCUCUUUCAUUUUGAUCAAUUGAUAAUCCAUCGGUGAUUCAGAGAGCCUAUUCACAUUCUUCCAUCCUCCCCUCACUUCACCCAAGUGUAUACAUUCUCUCCAACGCCUCUUUUUACGCGCCCGUACGCGUAAAGGCGCACCGCAGCCAUCUACAGCAGUCCACAGCCACAAUGGAGACGACCAAGCUGCCCCCAUCCAGCCCGUCCUCGCCGACCACCAGCUUCUCGGUGCCCUCCGCGGAAAAGGUGGACGGCUUCCCGCGCCGGUCCAUGCGCAGGGCCCGGCAGAGGAGGUCCCACAGCUCGUCCCAGUUCCGCUACCAGAGCUCCCUGGUGGAGCUCACCCCGCUGCCCCUGCUCAAAGACGCCCCGGUGGCAGAGCUACACGACCUGUUCUGCAAGAAGCUGCAGCAGUGCUGCGUGCUGUUUGACUUCCUGGACUGCGUGGCCGACCUGAAGGGGAAGGAGAUCAAACGUGCGGCGCUCAACGAGCUGGUGGAGAGUGUGGCCACCAGCAGAGGUGUCCUCAUAGAGCCUCUUUACCCAGAGGCCAUAAAGAUGAUCUCUGUAAAUAUCUUCCGGACUCUCCCACCCAGCGAGAAUCCAGAGUUUGACCCUGAAGAAGAUGAGCCGACACUGGAAGCUUCCUGGCCUCAUCUGCAGCUGGUGUAUGAGUUCUUUCUGCGUUUCCUGGAGAGCCCAGACUUCCAGCCCUCCAUGGCAAAACGCUAUGUCGACCAGAAGUUUGUCUUGCAGCUCCUGGAGCUGUUCGACAGUGAGGACCCCAGGGAGCGGGAGUACCUAAAGACCAUCCUGCACCGUGUCUAUGGAAAACUACUGGGUCUCCGAGCCUACAUCCGCAAACAAAUCAACAACAUCUUCCUCAGGUUCAUAUAUGAAACUGAGCACUUCAACGGAGUCGCAGAGCUGCUGGAAAUCCUCGGCAGCAUCAUAAAUGGCUUCGCCCUGCCUCUGAAGGCCGAACAUAAGCAGUUCCUGGUCCGGGUCCUCAUCCCACUACACACGGCAAAGUCCCUUUCCAUCUUCCAUGCACAGCUGGCCUACUGUGUGGUGCAGUUUAUGGAGAAAGAUGCUACAGUCACUGAAUAUAUCAUCAGAGGGCUGCUCAAGUACUGGCCCAAAACCUGCACGCAGAAAGAGGUGAUGUUCCUGGGGGAGAUCGAGGAGAUCCUGGAUGUGAUCGAGCCGUCUCAGUUCAUCAGGGUCCAGGAGCCGCUCUUUAAACAGAUCUCAGCCUGUAUCUCCAGCCCUCACUUCCAGGUAGCGGAGCGAGCCCUUUACUUCUGGAACAACGAAUACAUCCUCAGUCUGAUAGAAGAGAACUGUCAAGUCAUCCUGCCGCUGGUGUUCGCCACCCUCUAUAGAGUCUCCAAGGAGCACUGGAACCAGACCAUCGUGUCUCUGAUCUACAAUGUGCUGAAGACCUUCAUGGAGAUGAACAGCAAGCUGUUUGAUGACCUCACUGCCUCCUACAAAGUGGAGAAACAGAAGGAGAUGAAGCGAGAGAGGGAACGCACCGAGCUCUGGCGAGGCCUUGAGGAGCACCAGGAGCGCUGCAUGCAGAUGCUCACCGAGGCCGCCCGGAACCAGCGUAACCUCCAGGAGCGGGGCGAGAGAGGGGACCCGCCGACCCCGUCUUCCCCGCAGACGGCCCACCUCGACCAACCCGAGCCCAAACCCAGCGGGGCCUCUUCCGGGGAGAGCGCCACCUAGGUGCUUCUCUAAGGCGAUUGCGUAACACAGGGGUCAGGGUGGGGCAGGGAGAAGAUGUGAAGUUGAUGGUGUUUAGUGAUGGGAGACAGAGAAAGGUACAAAACAAAUCCUCUGUUUUUCUAUCUUGCAUCAUCGAGCGCACAAGCUCAGUGAUCCAAGGUAAAAAAAAUAAAAACGUACCUCUUUCUGGACAGAGUUGUGUGAAACUGGUUCACUUUUUGCUGUACACACAUUACGUUGCGGAUCAAAAGAUGAAUAUCGUUCAAAAGUGCAGACCGUCAUUUAAAGGUAACGGCUGGUUUAUUAAACUGCAGGUCGGUGCUUAAAACGGUAAACUCUGGCCUGCUUCAUACCCUGCCUCAAAACAAGAGAUGAAAUUUCUCUUUUGGUGCAACACUAACCGACUUCAACACACAUCUAACUUGUCCCAACAUUUAACCAACCGAGUCUGUACUGUGGCCUCGUAUUUAUCUUUUGCUCACAGAUGCUUAUUUCAUGCGUGGAUAGCACAAUACAUUAAUAAACAAAAGAAGCAAUUUCACACAAAGGUCCCAACACUGUUGCUGCGCAGAACAGACACUUACACACACUCUCACUCACACACACACACACACACACACUCUCACACACACUCUCACACACACACACACAAACACACACACACACACACAUACCUGCUGUAAAUAUGAGAUAGAGCUACAGAGUGUAUCCAGGUCAAACAAACUGAUUCAAGCACCAAAAUAUCUCACUCACACACACACACAGUACAUGUUGACUCACACAGCUGGUUCUGGCGCUAACUCAGCUCCUGUUCUGUCGGGUCCCACAAAAAGGUCCAACCGAUAAAGAUGAUGAUAAUGAUAUAAAGUACAAUAAUGUUCCUUCUUCUUACUUGUUACUCUACUACUACUACUCUACUCUACUAAGUACUACUGAUGAUGAUGAUAAUGUUUUUAUAUAUAUACAUAUGUCUCUGGAUAUUUCUGUAGUGUAUUAAGGGAGAAACACUAGUGUAGCAGAUACCACGAAGGGGGAAGGCCGGCUCAAAGUCUGAUCUCACGUCACAUGUUAAAUGAACGAGGCCAUAAUGUGAGCGCUGAAAUUCAGCGGCCUUCCCCUUUAACAGACAUUAAAGAUGGGAAGAGGCGACUGGAUUUGUGGUGGCUGUUUUUCUUUUAUUUUGAAAUGUUCGAUGUCGGUGGUAUGGUGGGUGGCCUGCGUAAACCCCCCCCCCAAAACUUCCAAAUUUAAAGGUCAAUACAGUACAUUUUUCAAAGCUGUUUUCUUCCAAACAAAGGCACCGUUUUAUUUACCAAAUCACAUUGUGAGGCCUUGUAAAGCCAAUUUUUUAGAUUAUUACAUUUUAAUUCUUGUUUUCUUUACAUGGGGGCAGUGUCUGUUCUUGUCCUCCCGCGGAUUGUUGUGAGCCAGAAAUGACGUCAUCUCCUUCGGUGCACAGCGUCGUUUCGGCUGCUAGCGCAUCUCCCGACCUUUUUGACCUGGCUCUAAAUGGAUAGAGCUGGAGACAAGAGACUGCGAACGACAUUAAUGGCAUUCUGCAGGAAACUGUGGAAAAGCCUCGGCAACUGGUUUGUCAAGGCAGAGAAGGGCACAAGCCUGAUGGAGGAAAGGAAGCUGGUGCCAAAACUGCUCUAUUUGUGAUUCCUUUUCUUCUUCUUUGCCUUUUUCUGGUGCUAUGGUCAUAUUUUCUCCGUAGCGACAGCCCUGAAUCACUGCGCCUCAAAGGGGAGACAUCUUGUUGACGUGACAGUUGGCGUGCACAUUUACCAAUCCAUCCAGCUUAACCCUAGUUUAACAGUGCACCCUACUGUCGAUCAAGAUGUUAAUCACAUCGACACAAAUUAAAGGAGGAGGACCCACUCACAAAAACAUCACUCCAUAGCACCUACACCGGUCAAAAACAUCACCGUGCUCCUUUCAUUUUUACGCUUCCGUACACAAAUACGCUUUUUUUCUGAAUGUCUUCGUUAAGAGUUGAGUUUAGAUCAACCCAGCAUACAACCAAACAGAAUCCAAGCAGAUCAGCCCGUCUCAUGCAACACAGCGGCCACCAGACGAUGAAUGACGUGCACGAUACGUGUCUCAAACCAAAAGAAAACCACCACAAUCCAGUUGGAUCUCAGAACCCAGAGCGUCUGUUCCUUUAGGCUCAGCAGACCUGAAACUGCUAGAUUGCGACAAUGAUGAUGACGAUAACUUUUUCGGUGUGAACCAACAAAAAUCUGUUUAUUCUUGUCUGACUAUUAUGAUAGAGUGAUGGGAUGAGAGAGAGGGUCCAAAAAAAUUUGAAAAAAAUUAUUUUAGCAAUAUUUUCAUUCUUUCAGGAUAAUCUGUGUUUUUCGGGGGUUAAACAAGAAGUGGGUGUCGCACUCACACGUUUACCCCCCGCACUCGUUUUUACUCCUGUUGCGUCCUUGAUAUUCACAUUGUCUUAAAGGUACUUUCUGUGUACAUUUAUUUGAUGAAAAAAAAUGAUUUUUGCUUUGUAAUUAUGUUGUUUAUUUUUUGGGUUUUUGUAUGAUCUUGUUCAUUUUGUGGAAAACUGAUACUGAUGCUAUUUAUUUUCUAUUUGAUCAGGAAAUGUAACCUUAUUUGAAGAUGAAGGUUAGGUUGUGUAUGUGCGUAUGUUUGUGUGUGUGUGUGUGUGAGCAUUGGUGUGUAACCAGUGAGUGAGUCGGCAAGCCGGAGAUGUGCGUAGAUAGAGCGAAAGAGAACGAUCUCUAACCUUGUCUCCUUCCUAAAGGGCAGGGUUCGAAUCCGAAUGUAUCGUUAAACUAAUCUAUUGAUUGUUUUUUAACGCCUGAGACGCAGAGGCGCCCGUCGGCUGCUUCAUAAACCAAACGUUCAAAAACUCUUUCCGACCAGCAGUUUUUUCCAAAACGCUCACCUCACAUCACGCCUGAGUCGACAAGGUUUUGAAAUCCAUUGAAGUGGCAGGCCUCAGAUCAGCAUGCAAAGUUUUAUUUAGCUGUUCAAAAAUUCUCGUCAUGCAUGUUUUAAGUUUGGUUGACUCGUUCUGGUGAUAUCCGGCUGUGGUUACACCUAAUUUGCCACCACGCCCUCAUACACAAGAGGGUGCUAUUUUCAAAUGUUUCACUCUAUUUGCAGGUACUUAAUCCAUCAUGCAGGUUACAACGUUUGUUACAAAUCAAAUAUUGCGAAAUUCAAAUUGUCGACCUUGGAAAACAUUAAUAUAAAAACUCAAGGUUCACUUACUCUUAUCUGUAGCUCAUUAUCACAUGGUGCUCAUCAGGGGAUGGAGUUGAUCCAUCUCCAUGACAACUGGGCAAACUCCAUCUGCUGAUGAAAACAAUUUGAUUGAAAGCUCUGGAGAAAAGCUAAAAUUUGAAGGUUUUUUACACAUUUGAUACAGAUUCCCAGGAUUUAGAUGAAUCAUUAUCUUUAAAAAAAGCCAGCAGUGCCAAAUACAAAAAUAAAUUCAGUAAAAUAUAAUAAAUUUGUCUGAAAGAUCAACUGAACCCUCCGUUUGGGUGUUUUCUCUAAGCACCACAAUGAUGUUUGCUGAUGGAUUAGGUGUAACCACAUUCUCACUCCAAACCUGCACCUGCAGACACCGUUAACCAACCUUUCCAUUUAGUUGGAUUUCAAUAAUUGUUUUGAUUCAGGCAUAAAAAAAAAAAAGCUACAAAAAAACACAACCGAAAAGAGACAAAACGUGACCUCACUGUCAUUAAACUGAGCUUGUUUUAUUUUCUUUUGGCUAUAGCUUAUUCACCAACCCUCUUGAUUGUUGUCAGUCAGUCUGCUGACUCGUGGGGGGAAAAAAUGAACCCCAGCUCCCACUGUUCUAGAAAUCUCAGUGAUAUCGAUAUCAAUAGUAGGCCUAUUCCUCAGUUCUGGAAUUCCGUCGUCCAUUUUAGAGCCGCUCCAGAACAGGAAGCAAGAGAAAAGAGAGGGUGCGUAGAGAGCUCUGGCCGUCCAUCGCCAUCAGACGACAUUUCCUCCCGGUUUAAAAAACUUUAAAUCAGAGAGGAGAGUCGACUGGAUUUAAUGAAAGCAGCGAGUAAAGAUUAAGAUGCAGAGGAGGAGAACGACAGAGGAACGACAAGACAUAAAGUUAAACACGAUAGAAUGGCAAUAAGUCAGAGCAACAGUAACAAUGGAAAUGUGAUGUUACCGAAAACCUACAACCGCAUUACGUAGCAAUUUCACUAAAUUUCUAGAUUUGCACUGUCUGCCCAACGGUCUGUGUUUGUUGUGCUGAAGAAAAAGCUUAGGGACGAUGCAGGAGAAGAAGAAGAAGAUGUAUAUUUUGGGGACCAACACAGUGGUGGGGGGGUUUGAAUGUAGAGAGGCUUACUGCUGUAGGUAACAUUUCAGGGGGUGUAGAAUGGAGGGGAAAAAAAAACUAUGUGCUAAAAAUGAAACUUCACUUUG